AUCUUUAAAAAACUGUCCUCUUUUAGCAGAACUGAGCUCUGUUUAUACUCUGCUCUCUUUGUUGCCAGGCGUUACAUAGCGACCGGACUCCCUUCUCUGAUUGGCUGGUCGUUCCGCCAAUCAAAGACGCAGUGUCCAAUGAGAGCGCGCGGCAGGCGAUACAAACUGGCAGCCGCCAUGUUGAGUCUCCGGGGGCCUGGAGCGACGUCCGGUAGUAAACAGUAGAUGUGACGGUGGAAAACGGAGCGCAGCUGAAGCCAUGAGCCGCCCGUCCUCAGCCGGAGCAGCCGGGGGAGGAGGUGGAGGACUCGGUGGCGGGAAAGCAGGCGGAGGAAAGCACGGGGGUUCCGCCGCCGCCGCCGCAGCAGCAGCCGCGGCCGCAGCAGCGGCAGCAGCCGCCGGUGUGAGCUCCGUGUCCGUGUCGGGGUCCGCUCCCCUCUCCUCCGCGGUGUCCCUGAGCUCGGCCGGCCUGCCCGGUCAGUCCCCGGAGCUCACGGCGCUGUUCGAGUGCCCGGUGUGCUUCGACUACGUCCUGCCGCCCAUCCUGCAGUGCCAGGCGGGUCACCUGGUCUGUAACCAGUGCCGACAAAAGCUGAGCUGCUGCCCGACCUGCCGAGGCCCUCUCACCCCGAGCAUCAGGAACCUGGCCAUGGAGAAGGUGGCCUCCACUCUGCCGUUCCCCUGCAAGUACUCGUCGGCCGGCUGCCUGCUGACCCUCCACCACAGCGAGAAACCCGACCAUGAGGAGGUUUGUGAGUUCAGGCCCUACACCUGUCCGUGUCCCGGUGCCACCUGCAAGUGGCACGGCUCUCUGGAGGCUGUCAUGCCGCAUCUGAUGCACGCCCACAAGUCCAUCACCACGCUGCAGGGGGAAGACAUCGUGUUCUUGGCAACGGACAUCAACCUGCCGGGCGCCGUGGACUGGGUCAUGAUGCAGUCGUGUUUCAGUCACCACUUCAUGCUGGUCCUGGAGAAGCAGGAGAAGUACGAGGGUCACCAGCAGUUCUUUGCUGUUGUGUUGCUCAUUGGAACCAGGAAGCAGGCUGAGAACUUCGCCUACCGCCUCGAGCUAAACGGCAACAGGCGGCGGCUCACCUGGGAGGCCACACCACGCUCCAUACACGACGGCGUGGCGGCCGCCAUCAUGAACAGCGACUGCUUGGUCUUCGAUACCUCCAUCGCACAUUUAUUCGCUGACAAUGGCAACCUGGGGAUCAAUGUCACAAUCUCAAUGUGCUGACAGGGCGGAGCGUCGUUUACGUAGGGCGGAUACGAACACAGAAUUAAGGUCCAUUUAGGAGCGACUCUGAUUGUAAAAGGAUGCCAGUGUAGAUUUGGCACUACAGGACAAGAAAAACCACUGCAAAUAAAACAGAGAGCGUCUGGACCCUGUGUGACGUCUGUUUUAUGGACGGAGCAGCGUUUCAGUCCUUUUAUCGGGUGCUGAAGGAAAAAUGGGCGCAGUAUUCACCAGCAAGGAGCAUCGGGCCUGCUGCCUCACCAGACUGGACUCAGACCGCGUUCAUCUGACUUUACUCUCCUGGACAGAAGAGAUCUUUGCCUCCUAAACCAGCAGCUCCAUCAGGAUUUCUGUCAAACGGACGUGUUCUAAAUAUUCUGCUUUUUCUGCUCUUAACAGCAGCUGUCAGUCAGGGUCGAGGCCAAAUGUGUCGUCAUGAUACCAGAAAUCUACUCUUCAAUAUGAGCCGAGUUAAAUAUUGACUGUUUUUACUGUUUUUACUCUAGGGCUACAAAACUAGAAGUCUGCGGCCUCCUAUGGCAGUCAGUUCAGUUUCUAAAUUCUCAUGAAGUGCAAGCAAACUGCAGCACUGUUGUCAUUGCACAACUGCUCUGGUAGAGUUUCUGUAGCUGACACCUUGACAGUGUUUUUAUGCAGUUUCACGGUGUGCAGGUGAUUGCUGUCUAAUGACUUAGAUGUCAUUUUUUUAAUGUUUUGGUACUUUUUAACUAUUGAUCAUUAAAUUAAAGGGGUUUGUAUUGUUUACAAAAGCAUGGUGUGAAACUAUUGGAAAGUAUGAACCAUGUUUCAGACAUGUUUGAUAUUUCUGAGUCCAGAUCAGGGAGGCUCAAACUCCAUCAGGACCAGUAAACGCAUCACUUUGACCUCAGAUAACUGAGGUUUAUUUGGACAAAUGUGGGUGCAACAAGCCGGAGUAUCAAGACAGCCUGAACCAUAUCAGAUAACCUCAGUAUUUGUAACAUCAGCAGAUUUAUGGGUCUAUAUUUCUGUCAAAACUCAACUUCUGCCCUUAAACAGCCUCCCUGGUUGUUGAAAAUGACUGAUACUUUAAUAUUUCAGGUUAAAACGUUUUUAAAACAAUACAAUCUCUGUUAUUUCAGUGAUCAGUAACAAGAAAAAGCAGCUUAACGUCACAAGACAGGUGAGAAGGAGUGGAAUGAAUUUGUCAUAAAUGCAGGGAAACUUCUGCACAUGGUCUAAAAUGCACAAAACCAUGAGUCCUGAAACAUUUCCGGUGUUUUCUGUGCAGUUUAGUCAGUGUGCAGGAGUUUGACUGCAAGUUUUGGUGAUUAAAAUCAGAAAUUCUUCAGUCCUGGCUGCUUCAGACUUCUAUUUUUGUUGCAGUAGUAUUCAGACAGUCAUAGGCAAGGCCUCGACCAGACAUCUGAUGGUUAAAGAAUAAUGUGCACACACCUGAACGAACCCUUCGUUUCUGCUUUAAGUGAAGUUUGCAGGCCGCUGCUUUGAAACCCAGCAGCAGCAGCGUUUGUAAGACUCCGUCUGACAGCUUCUGGACCUUUUGCAGGCUCGGCCGUCACAUUUUGGAAGUCGACGUUUGACUUUGGUGGGAGCAGCCAAACUGUGGAAACCGGUUAAUCCUCAGACCUUCUUUAAUCUCAGAUGAAAGCAGUGAAAUGGAGAAAUAAUCCUCCCGUCCCUCUUCCUGCAGUCCGUUUAGCCACCAGCGCCUUAUUUUUCUACCGCCGACCUCCUCUUCUUCCUGUCUGAGCUUUCCGUGAGGGAGUCUUGGUGCUCAUGUGGUUUCUAAUCACUGAAACCUGCCCAGGGAUAAAAAAACGACUCUUUUUGAAGAAAUGUUGAAGAAUUUUAAAAGUCUGUUCGUUUGAAGCCACAGCGACACGAUGGAAGGACUUCAGGACAUUUAAAGACUCAGCGUGGGGAAAGUCUAAAAUCUCCCAGCAUUCCUAAUGUCUAAACCUUUGUAGCAACCAACCAGGAAAAACCAAGUUCACCAGAUACCUCUGACCUCCGACACGUCUGUAACUCAACCGCAAACCCCUCAGGCCUCAGCAGCGUUUCCUCUGAGUUAGUUUAGAGAGAAUAGAAAUAAAAAUGGGAGAAAUUUCCCCUGAAACGUCUAAAGUGAUUGUCCUAAAGUCUGAUUAAAAUAUGGAAUGAUGUGAUAAUGCAUGUUUGAAAUAUGAAUAUUAUAAAAAACAAAGAGAGUUUGACUUAAAGUCAAAGAAACUGUGGGGAAAAAAACAAGAAAAUAAGUUUUAAAGCCAAGUUAUUUUUCAUUGUCUAGUCAACAGAUUUCUGUAAAACAUUCAGCCCUUAAAUGUUUUUCUAGAGUCAAGUGCGCAGCUAAAGCUAAAAUUAAUCUGGUAGGUAUUUAUUAGCUGAUUAUCCAGUGUUCGGGCCCUUUAAGAAACAGGGAUUCUUAAUUUCACAAUUAUUGGCAAAAUAUAAUGCAAUCUUAAUCCAGAUACAGGACAAUAUUGUCAUUGAUGUAUACUAUUGUACUCAUAGAAAUUUAUCAUUUUAAAAACAGGUUUAAAGUUCAGUGACCAAAUCUAAAUAAAAAGAAAUAAAUUCAGACGUUUAUGUUGACAAGUUUCAUAUUUUUAGUUAAAAAUUCACAUAAGAGCUGUACAUUUAUGAGACUAAAGUAAUACAUGCAACUAAAAAGUUAUAUGUAAAAGGAUUAAAAUAAAGAAUUCUGGGAAAAAUCAGAACUCUACACAUGUAAAAUUAAACCAUUACAUGUGUAAUGAUGCAGCUUUACAUGUGUAAAGCUGAAACUAAGCGUUGAGUUUUAACUUUACAUGUGUAAAGUUGUUGCUUCACAUUUAAAGUUAUUUCUUUAAAGUGAAAGGUUUUAACUUUACCUGUUUAAAGUUGUGCCUUUACAUGUGUAAAGUUAAACUUUUACAUGUGUAAAGUUAUACCUAUACAAAAGGAAAGCUGUACCUUCACAUGUGUAAAGUCAGAACUUUACAUGUUUAAAGUUAUACCUGCACAUGUGUAAUGAUGCAACUUUACAUGUGUAAUGCUAAAACUAUGUGUAAAGUUAUACCUUUACAUGUGUAAAGUUGUUAAUAUUGGGAACUGCAGUUGUAAUUUUCAAAUUAUUUAAUAAAAAUUUACACGGUAAAAGUUUAAAGUCAAAGGUUAAAGAUCCAACUUUAGGAGAGUAAAGUUGUCAUGUUACAAAAGUAGAGUAAUAAAGUCAUACAAUUAUUCACAUAACAUGAUUAGUUAUACAUUUACAUAUAAAAGCCAUAAUUUUGAGAUAAAAAUCAAAAGUUUGAAAUUGUAAAUUUGAAUUAAGUUUUAUAUGUACAGGAUUAAAGUCAUAAAUAUAUUAAUGUGGUAAUUUUGAAGAUAAAAAUUGUAAUUAAAUCUGUAGUUGAAUGUGUGAGUACUAUUAAAGCAUCCAACCUCCUGUAUAAAAAAGUUAUUUAAAAGUUUAAGUUUAAUAGGAUUUAAAAUUUUAAUCUCAGUCCGUGGUUGAAUGUGCUCUUACAAUGAGGAACGUGGAGAAUCUUAUGAAGUCAAAUUAUCUUUAUAAAAACAUGAAUGUUGUCUUGACCCUCAUAACUCAACUAUCUUCUCCACUGUCUUUAUAACCUUCACAAUAGUAGAAAUAAUAAAUUAUUUCAACUAAUCUGUUAGAUUGAUAAUAAAAUGACAAAAUACGGACCUUCACAGAAAACUGUAUUUAUGAAAGAUAUUUGCAUAUUAAUCUUAAAAUUAUUGUCUUUUCAAUUAUAUUUGAAAAUACAAGCUUUAUAUUUACAACUUUGGGUCACAACGAGCAUGGCUUCACUUACUACAGUGAACGGCAGAAAUCCAUAAUCAUGGAAUUUAUUUAUACAGAGUUAAAUUAUGUAGAUCCCUUCUAAUAUCAAAUAUUUCACUAAUGUGUGUAAAUUUCCAGCUUAAACAUUGGACUUUCUCUUCACACACUUUCAAUCUAGAAAAGUUAUGACUUUAACCUUGAAAAUCUGUUCUUUCAUUUUUAUUUCAGAGCUCAGACUUUGUCAUAAUAAACUAGUAAUUGUCUUGUCUUAUACAUAAAAUAUUACAUAUUUGAUUGUGUUUAAUUCCCAAAGAAAGACUUGGAAGUUGUGGUUUGUUAGCUUGAUGCUAACACAUAAUGGAAAUCGCCAUUAACUGGCUAAACGAAUUAGCAUCACCAAUCAGCAGUUGCAUAAAUACACUUUAUUCUGCUGGCUAAGUUGGAAAAAAUGACAACAAAUUAACAGAACUUUGUCUUUUACCUUCAUAGACCAACUUUAAUACAACUGAAAUUAAUUCUUUUAUUUGUUUGCAUUUAUACUGAUGUUUAAAUGUGAUGGACUGUAAAUGUAUGAUGAACAGCAGGAUGGGUUCUCUUUUGUUUUUGCUGUAGCAGUAAACUGUAAAGCUGAUGUUUUCUAAGUCCUUUGUGUUCCAGAAAGCGUAUCUUAAAUGUUUUGUACAUUGAAUUGAAAGAUUUUAAAUUUAAAACUUGUCCUAAAAUGGAUUUAUUGUGAAUAAGGAAUGGUAAAACCCAGAGGAAACGCUGCUCUCUAAUAAUCCCUCUCUCGUUACAGCCCGCUGACUUUCUAAGAAAUGUUUCAAGAUUCUGUAAAAAGGUUAAAUUAACAGUAUAUUAUAUAUAUUUUCUAUGAGCAGAGACUGAUGCAUUUAUCCCUGUGCUGUUUUGGACUUGUAUUUGUGUUAGCGUUUGCUCAGCUGUACAGAGAUUUUCAGAGUAAUUUUCUAACGUGUUUCUCAUAUUGUUGUCCUGUUCUGCUGCUGUAGUUUGCUGAAACCUCAACAUGUGUACUGAGAUGAAAUAAAGACGAGGAAGAAACAAGGAAUCCGGAGUAAGAGGACUGUUAUUUUUUUCUUUCCAACAACACUGAAAUAUCAUAAAAGAGUGGAAAAGUCUUACUGUUGUUGUUAAAAUCUCUCCUGUUUGAGUUAAAGGUACAAAAAGAUGAAGCCUGUGGAAAAAUACAACUCCCAUGGUGCACUUCACCUUCAGACAACCAGAGCUUCACAUCGAGGACUGGGCUGAAGCUUUAAAUUAUGUUUUAAUUGAAAUCCAAUAAGUUUGGCUCUAUUAGGGCAGGGGUGUCAAACUCAGUCACAGCACGGGCCAGAUUCUGGAUUCAGGUCUAACCUGAGGGCCUAACAGGGCCAACAUUUAACC